AUGGGCCAGAUCCAGGAGGACCUGCGACAGAGUUUAACCGUGUGUUGGUUUCUAUGGAAACGGGUGACUGUGAGUCGUCCUCUCUCCCUGUGCAGGUUUGGGGAUACCCGGGGGUACGUGCUCUACCCGCAGAUCGGCGACCGGCUGGACCUGAUCUGCCCGGCGUCCGUCCCAGGGGACCCCCAUGCCCCCCCGGAGUACGAGUUCUACAAGCUGUACCUGGUGCGCACGCGUGAGCAAGCCGACAGGUGUGAGGUCACAGACGAGCCCAACCUGCUGCUCACCUGCGACAAGCCCCACAGCAACACGCGCUUCACCAUCAAGUUCCAGGAGUUCUCCCCGAACCUGUGGGGGCACGAGUUCCACACCCACAGAGACUACUACAUCAUCGCCACCUCAGACGGGACGCGGCAGGGUCUGGACAGCCGGAGGGGGGGGGCAUGCGUCACCCGCGGGAUGAAGGUGGUGCUUAAAGUGGGACAGAGUCCAGUGGGAAACGCCACACACCCAGGCUCAGUGGGCGGGGCUGAGGGCGGGGCCAGGCCGUUCUUCUCCAACAUGGUGCUGAUUGGGGGCGGAGUCGGGGGCGUGGCUUUUCUCCUGCUGGUGGGGGCCGUGGUGUGCGGGCUGUGCUACUGCUGCCGUCGCCCCAAACCCACCGCGUCUCGCCACCCCCCAAUCACCCUGUCCUCCCUCAGGGGGGGGGCUGCGGGUGGGGGGGCCGCCAUGGGGGGUGUGGGGGGCACCGCUGGAGGGGGGGCUGCGAGUGGGGGGGCUGUCGGCGGAGCCAGCAACAACUCCGGCUCUGAGCCCAGUGACAUCAUCUUCCCGCUGCGGACUUCUGACUCCGCCUACUGCCCGCACUACGAGAAGGUGAGCGGGGACUACGGGCACCCCGUCUACAUCGUGCAGGAGAUGCCCCCCCAAAACCCCGCCAACGUGUACUACAAAGUGUGAGAGAGGCCCUGCACCCACACAGCGUUUGUACAGUUACUGUGUAGCUACGUACAAGUGUGCGUGCGUGUGCAAAGUGCAUUCCUACACGUGUGUGUGUAUGUGUGCGUGCGUGUGCAAAGUGCAUCCCUACACGUGUGUGUGUGUGUGUGCGUGCGUGUGCAAAGUGCAUCCCUACACACAUGUGUGUGUAUGUGUGCGUGUGCACAAUGUGCAUACGUGUGUGUGUGCGUAUGUGCGUGUGUGCACUUUAAAACCAAGCAGACAUUAAAGUCAGUGAGCUCAGAUUGUUUGUCAAUCUCGAUAAACACUUACAGAUCAUAUAAAUACUUGUGCCAUGAAUCCACUUUUUUUCUUUUUUGUAUUUUGCGGUUGUGCUAUAUUAAUCUGUGUUCGUCAGGAUGUGUUUUUAUUUAGUUUGUUGUUUUUAGAAUUCUGCUGUUUGGUUUGUUUGCCCUUUUCUUUGUGAUUUAAUUUGAACUCUGGGCUUUCUGUUCGCUGCUCAGCUUGUUUAGUCUGGGGUUCGUACUCUGCUCUGUGAGACGAUGUGGAAGAUUUGACUCCAUGGUGGAGUUGUGGAUGAAGAAUAUAUUAAACUUACAGUAUUGCUAACAUGGGGGAUGUAAACAGAGAGGUGGGGGGGGGGGUUACCCUGGAGAACUUCUGUUUAUGCUUAUGAUCACAUCCAGAGAAACAGGAAUAUGUUAGAUGAUGAAAUCAAGGCCAGGCUAAAAAUGAAACACACACACACACACACACACAUUCACACACAGUUACACAACCACACACACACACACAUUCACUUGCAAUUCACAAAACCAUGCCAACACACAAAUUCACUAUUUGAGAAGUUGUCACCCUUGUGUUUUUACCCAUGAUGCAGUGCUCUUCCUUAGUCUCAGAGGGACUUGGUUCAGAAGGCAAGAGCAGAAACUCUGUGCUGCUUUCACACGCAGAAUGCACCAACAGCAGGGCAUGCUGGGAACAGCUGGGCCAGGGGUGAUUAUCAGUAAUCCCGUCUUAUUCUGUCAAAAUAAAAGCGACACAAAUUUA